GACGGGGAUCAGUCCCUCGACACGGUACAGCGGAGUGCCGGCGAUGGGCCCGUCAGAGAGGACGUGGCCUCUCCGCCGGCCGAUCGUGUUGUAUAUCGUCGACAGCGCAUCCUGGGUGCCUGUCAUCGAGCAUGCGUAUAGGGGCUCCAUGAGUCGUGGCGAGGCCAUCAGGAACGAGCUGUAGCAUGUCCUGCGUGCCGUCGGGAUGAUCUGGCCACCACCGCGGAAGAUGGCUUCCUGCGCGAGCGAGGCGUCCAUGAUGCGGAACUUUGUAUUGCGAAUGGCUAUUCAUAGAUUCUUGGUCAGUGGAAAUAGCCAGACAUGGGUUUGCUGUUUGCAAUCGCCAUUAUCAGGUUGCCCCUGCCGAGCGAAGCCAAACGUAUUUGAGCCCUGGACUCCUCGCCAUCGAAAGUGGGCGGGCCGCAACAACAGUCCACAAUCUCGGGAGGAGUCCGUCCUCUCAGGUAUGUGCAGGAGCAACACAUCCGGCAUUCUCCAGACUCGGCAGCGGCAGGCGUGGCCUGGAGCGGCACGAAUGCUUGGCAUACGGCGAGAGCUGUGCUCUUUCGAGACUGCCUCGAUUGACAUUUGCCGGGAACGUGCCGGAAGCCAGCGCUCGGCCACUCCACCAGACCCUGGUUCUAUCCAAGGACCCUGGACAUCCUUGGUCAUGGGUCCCAGGAGCCUGGCUUCAGGAGGUCUUGGCGGGUUGGGCGAACUCCAGCGGAAAGCCAGGAGGUGGCUGUGGGAAUGGCGGAGCCCACACCGGCAGUUUGACAUCGGGGAUAAGCAAUGCGAAAAGACACAGGCACAACGUGGGGCAGUGAAGCUCGUGCUGCCAUGGAGCGCACGUCAUGCCCCAUGAAGUGAUCCAUGUGUGUAGUAUCGCGAACUGGGACACAAAGAAAGAGGAAUGACUCACGUUCUUCACAGAGGGGACCUUCUCGUGUCGCCCAGCUGAAGCCCUGCCGUAUCGUUUCGCGC